AUGGUGCAGUGGUUUCAUACAAAUAAACCCGAGCGGUUUACAGAGUACGUGGUGGAUGGCGCAGCCGAAUAUGGCCAUUUGGAACUUGUCAAGUGGCUACAUUCGAAUCGACAAGAAGGCUGCACAUCUGACGCUAUGGACCGAGCCGCUGCAAACGGGCACCUGGAGGUUGUUCAGUGGCUGCAUAUCAACAGGACAGAGGGGUGCAAAGCGUCCGCAAUGGAUUCAGCAGCGUCUUCCGGUCAUUUUCAUGUGCUGGAAUGGCUCUAUGCCAACCGCUCUGAGGGGUUUACACCAUGCGCGGUUAACUCAGCCGUGAGGAAAAAUCAAUUGGACAUUUUGAAGUGGCUGCACGCGCAUAGUGGUGAAAAUUAUCCAAGGGGAAAUAUUGACAUCCCAGCGGCUGAUGGCAAUCUCGAAAUGGUUUCCUGGCUUCACUUCACUGGCAACGGUGUUUGCUCUUAG